CAAACAUCAAACCAAUAUGAUGAAUACAAUGUCUUUUUAAACAUUUUAGAGAGAGAGAUUUAGAAAAAAAACGUACUACUCAAGUUGUCUUGUGGUUUCUAUUAUCUCUUGAGUUUUAUUACAUGUUAUAAGCAAAAGUGUUAUGUCACUUUAUUUAUCCUAGAAUAAUGUUUAUCUACUUCAUUUGAUGCAAGUAAUCAAUUAUGAGCUUGUGUCUUUGUUUUAUGCAUAUUUGCUUAUUCUAAGAAUAACUAUAGCACUCAAAAUGUUCAAGAGACAAGAACACAAAGGGGAAAAUGUCCAUCUUGAAAUAUGAUAAUUGUAAUGAAGAUACAAACACAUGUAUGUUCAAGGCUAAGAAAGAUAAAACUUGCAUAGACCCAUAAGAUAAAUGGUUAGUAUAAAUAGUAAAUAUAUUUUUUUUUUUUUUUAAUUUUACUUUUCGUGUUUCAACAUGGCAGAUGCACAUCGCUUUCUAACUUACCUUACAAAUAUAUUCUCAACUCUUUCUGUUAGUCCAGAGAGUCCUUUAGACUUGACACAGUCUUAUCCUUUGCUUUUGGCACUUUUUUCAGGCAACACAGAACAAUUGGCAGAACAGAAAUACAACUUUACAGGCAUUCAGGCGCGUCAAUUUGCUAUCAGUAACUUACUCGUCAAGCACUUUUCAGAAUUUGAAGAUGCUGUAUUAGAAGCCUUGUUAAGAAAGUCCCAUGAUAUCAGUAAACUAUACAAGAUUGUCUCACAACAAUACCAACUGAAGGAACAUGUCAUGGCACCCUAUCUUCACAACACGAUUGAUCAUAUCAUUGGUAUCUUGUAUCGCUUUUAUGGUAUUGCUGUUGUCGAAAAGUUCAUUGAAGCAGCUGUGGUUCAAGUCAUCCAUUUACAACUCAAGACAGCCUUUGCUUUUAAAAACCCCAUUUGGGAACUGAACAAUUUGAUCGCUACAAUACAAGGCGAUGUGGAAUACAGUUUUGCCACGUUAGAAGAUAAUGUGCAAUUUCAAGUCACUGUCAAGGGUCGUCUGGCAAGCUCAGGCUGUAUCUUUUCACAUACACGCAUCGCUUAUAAAAAGCAGAAGGCCAAGGCACUGGCUUGCAAAGACAUCCUGAAUUAUUUUGAAAAGCAUCCCAAUGUCUAUGAACAACUCAUGCAAGUCGCUAGUCCACAAGAUAGUUCUGUGGUCUAUCCUUUACCUAUUCCUAAAGAAGACUAUGUGGUGGCUGAUGAAUUUCCUUAUCCUGAGCCUGCUACACCUACACCACCACAAUCAAAGGCCAAGUCAAAAAAUCAACCUGUCAACUGGUCAACCAAUGAUACUAAUCAUAUGCAUAUCAAUCCAAAUGACUACCAAGAUUCAAUCCAGUUAUUAUCUGAUUUAUUAUUAGGAGAAGGCACAGAGGAUAACGAAGAUGUCAACAUGUCUGAUGAAAGUCCAAAUAAAAAGAAACGCACAAGAGACAAUAAACCACCACAACUGACAGAAAGAAGCGAACCUCAUAUCAAACAAGAGCCAGAUUUAGAAGCAGAGAGUGUCAGCUUAUUAAGUACCAUCAAACAACCUUCACCUCGUCAGUCUACUUUGAAUCACAGGAUCAGUCUUCAGCCUUUGAUUCCUGAACAAAUCAGUCCUCAAGAACAACGUAUCCAAACACAAACCAAUAACAUUUUAGCCACUCCCAAACCACUUGAAUUAAAUGAGAAAGUCUUGAUCUAUUUCAAAAAGAUAUUUGACAAUCAUCAACGUUUACUGCAUCAAUCACUCAGUUCACCUGGUCAAUGCAAGAGUAUAUUCAUGUCCUUGAUUGUUCAGAAUCAAGAUAAAGUAUUUUGUAAAGUCAAAUCUGAACAAAUGGGUCCUAGUCAUGCUCCUUUGUUUACAGUGGAAGUAGUAUUGAAAUCCAAGUUUGAUUCUCAGGUGUUUAUCAAGACAAAUGGUAUAGCUAAGCGUAAAAAAGAUGCAGAUCAACUUGCUUUUUGUAAAUUGGUUGAAAUUAUUGCAAAAUAAUAUUUAUUGUAUAUAUAAAAGAGAGAAAAAAAAAUCU